CCGGCGGGGGACCGAGGGAGCGGCCCCUCUGCUCGUGGUAACGGGGCUGCCGGCACCGGCACCCGCCCCGGGGAUCCCCCUCGAGUCCCCGGCGGGACCCGCUCGGCUUUGGGAGCCACGCCAUGGCAUCUCCAUGGAGUUCAGGUUUUGGGUGGUUUGGUGGUCCCUGCCCCUCGAAUGUGGACCCAGGCAGUUAAAGGACAGCCCCGGGGUUCGGUGCCUGCCCAGGCAGUGCCGCUCUGGGGUUCGGUCCAGGACUAAAUGGCGAGCAAGUGGACUGUUUGAUUGCUUAAGAGAAAGGGCUCUGCUGAGGAUACCCCACAGGAAUCUGUCGGAUAUCUCUGUCGUCCCAGACUCUUCCCUGAUAUGGAACAAAGUGAAGGUGAACAGGAAUCCCAGGCAGAGAGUGACGUGGAGAGCAAGAGCAGCGUGAAAUCCUUGCCUGGGGGAACGGCCCAUGUCAAACUAGAGAUAAAAAAACAUGCAGUUACAGAUGACUACAAACUCUCCAAACGUGUGCUAGGGUUAGGAAUCAAUGGCAAAGUACUGGAAUGUUUCAACAAGGAGACAGGCCAGAAAUGUGCUUUGAAGCUCCUGUAUGACAACCCCAAAGCUCGUCAGGAGGUGGAGUAUCACUGGCGAGCCUCGGGCUGUCCUCACAUUGUCCAUGUCCUGGAUGUGUAUGAGAAUAUCCAUCACGGGAAGAGAUGCCUGCUCAUUGUCAUGGAAUGCAUGGAGGGAGGAGAGCUGUUUAGCAGGAUCCAGGAGAGAGGAGACCAAGCUUUCACUGAGAGAGAGGCCUCUGAAAUAAUGAGAGACAUUGGGACAGCCAUCCAGUACCUGCACUCCAUGAACAUCGCGCACAGAGACGUCAAGCCUGAAAACCUGCUUUACACAUCUAAAGACAAAGACACCGUGCUCAAACUCACAGACUUCGGCUUUGCCAAAGAAACCACCGUAAAUGCACUGCAGACCCCCUGUUACACUCCUUAUUAUGUGGCCCCAGAAGUCCUUGGUCCUGAGAAGUAUGACAAAUCAUGUGACAUGUGGUCAUUGGGUGUCAUCACAUAUAUUCUCCUGUGUGGGUUCCCUCCAUUCUACUCAAACACCGGUCAAGCCAUUUCUCCAGGGAUGAAGAGAAGAAUUCGGAUGGGGCAAUAUGGGUUUCCCAAUCCAGAGUGGGCUGAAGUAUCAGAGGAAGCCAAACAACUCAUUCGCCAUUUACUGAAGACUGACCCAACAGAGAGGAUGACAGUCUCUCAGUUUAUGAAUCACCCUUGGAUUAAUAGAUCAAUGUCAGUGCCACCGACUCCUCUUCACACUGCACGGGUCCUGCAAGAGGACAAAGACCACUGGGAUGAAGUUAAAGAGGAGAUGACCAGUGCUCUGGCUACCAUGAGGGUGGAUUAUGAUCAGGUGAAAAUCAAAGACUUGAAAACGUCCAACAACCGCCUCCUGAACAAGCGCCGCAAGAAGCAGAAGCAGACGGGCGCCUCCUCGGCCGCUCCCGGCUGCAACAACCAGUGAGGGCAGAAGCCAAGGACCUGUGGGUGAAGUGUAAAAGUUAAACAGAGCAAUUUCAAAUCGUAUGAUCGCCUCAGUCCACGCCACAGAGGCAGUGAGAUCGUGAAGAUGCUAUCCUGCAAAGAGGGAACAGUGUGCUACCAUUUUGAUAACUUGAAUCAGGGCUUUGCUUUUGAAGACUAAUGGAUCUGACGUGAUUCUGUUGCAUAUUGCAAGGGAAGGUACAGUAAUGCCAGAAACGUUACAGCUUUUUGGUUUGGCUUUAACUGUGGGACAAGAGGAGAGAACAGGAGGCGGUCUCGGCAUCCUAAUGCACUGAGGCUUUAACAGCCAUCUACAAGAGUAACUUCUGCUGCUGUUUUAAUCUGGAGAAUAGAAAAGUGCCAAGUGUUCUGCUAAGAGUGUUUUGGUAGUUUAGUAGAAUUGGUAAUAGUCUCUAUUUCCAAACUUACCUCCUAUGCUUACAGAAUAUCACCUAAACUGUAGACAGUUAUUCUUGUUACAGGAAAAAGCAUCCAUACAUUUCCAUUUCCAGAAAGUCUUUGUGUAGUCAGACUCACGUGAAGAUUUGAGUUGUCACGGAUUCCCAUUUGAUAACGUGUAAACUUUCUGAGCUGUAGCCAUCAUGUUGUGUCUUUGCCACUGUCAGACCCCUCUCUUGUAAUGUUUUCAAUUUAACUGGUACUUUAUAUGAAGAGUUUCAGUAAGGAUUUGAGUAAUUGUAAGUAUCCUGCAGAGAAUAUUGCUGCUCCCCUUGGAUCCACAACCUCCAGGGCAUACAGCUGCACACACGGGGGAUUGCUUUAGAAGAGAGACUUCUGAAAUUUGGCAAGAUAUGGCAAAUGCAUGUUCUCUGAACCCUUCUGGUAAUUAUCUCCAGAUCCUGUGCCUAAGUUGUGCUGAUCACAGCAAAUUGUGGGGUGUUGGGGUUGGUUUGUUUCCUGAAGGCAGGAGGGGGAGGAUGCAACUUUAUUUAUGGUGAUUUGGUGAUGUUUCAGGAUCCAAAGAUUUUCACCACUAAAGGAAGAUUACUUCUAAGUACAUCCACCCAUUGGUUUUUUCCUAUUUUCAUUCUUAUAGCAUGGGAACCUGGCCUUGGUUUGCUGGUAUGUUUUAUUUUGUGAUCAAAAUAUUUUCUCUCAGUGUAUUUUGGGGUUUGGCUUUAUUUUUAGUUUAGGUGAAGCAAAUGUUUGUGAAAGCAUUAUCAGAUUCUGGGAUGAAAAUUAUGUGCUUCCAGUUGUGCAGGCAAAUACACCUUUGUGGUAGGCACACAGAGUACUGGUGUGUUAAUAGGCUUGGAAGAAUGUAAAAAGACAAAAAGGAAAACAGGGCUCCAGAGCAGAACUGAAUUGUUAGAUCAGAGUGACACACAGCAAAGCUCAGCUCGAGGCUUUGGACCUCAUCUGAGGAGCCCAGUUCCCAUGUUCAGAAUGGUGAGUGAGACCUCAAUUCUCCUUUGUGAACUGGACUUAGGGUUUUGUAACAUGAUUUAUUAAAAUUAGGUUUUAACAUUCCUUCCUUCUGUCAUCCCUGUUUUUGUUGAGUUGUUGCAGAGUUUGCAUUGAUACAUCUGUGUUGAAGGUGACAGGCAAGGGGAGAAGGAAAGUGCUCCAUGAUGUCCACAUUAAAAGGCUGCCCAACUUUGAACAUUUUUGUAAGAACACAAGGUUUUGGUUUUAAAUAUCGAUCUCUGUAAAGUUGUAUUUUUAAAUGAUUUAAUGUUUCAGGUAUCUGUGAUUAUAGCAUGUCCUGUAUGUUUUUGUUUUGCCAUAUUAUUCCAAUGAAUUAUGCAAAUAUUAUUCACUACCUAUAAAUGAAGAGUUGUGAUGUGUUCAGGGUGCAACAGUUGGAUUUAGAGCCAGGUCCAAGUUUCUGUCCCUUUAUCUAAUUUUUUGAGGGAGGUGUGUACAUUAUUGCUGCCAUUCCAUCUCUGUGCCCCAUCAGGGUGAUGGAUGUUCCCAGGGCAAGCAAUGUACAGUGUGCUCUCUUAUCUGCCUCAGGGACAGCACCACUGAAACUGUUGCAAACCAGCCUUUUUCCUCUGCCUAGGCCAAGGUUUGAGCUCUCAGUUCCCUCCUGGCUUGUCAGUUCAGUCUGGAUCUCCAAGAGGUGUCUGUUCCUGGGUGGUUUUCUGUAGAAAACCUGCAAAACACACCUGGGCCUGAUUCCUGCCUGUGGGGUUCCAGCAUUUACUGCAGAUCAGAAGCUGGAUCUGAGGCAUCUGGCACAGCACCUUCAGCUUUGUGUUCCUGUGUGGCAGGACAAUCCCAUCUCAUUAAACUCAGCCUAACAGUUCUUGCCUUUUACUCUGCAGCGACGGCGCCCAGGAAUGCUGUAAAGCCCUACAGGAACCGAGAAGGGCCUCAAAAUGGCAGACAUGGAAAUGGAUGCAAGUAUUGGACAGGGGGAAGGAGGAGACUCCUUGGGAGCUGGGAAACAGCUGCCCUGCGAUGUCUGGAGCCUCAAACUGCCACUCUGCUCCAGGCACCGCUGCCUUCUGCAGCCCAGUGGAGCAGGACAGCUCCUGUGUUACCUGGAGCUGGGAGGGGCUGCCAGGGACCGGGUUUGGGGUGUCAGCAUUUCCCCAGCAGGGCCUGUGUGCUCCGUGGGGAUGUGGGGAUGUACGGAGCAUCCAAUGGACUCGGCUCUGCCCAACCCCACUGCACCACCAGCCCCUGCCCUGCCAGCUUGGAGAGCUCCCCAAAACCAGCCUGCUCCCCAAAUCUGAACCUGCCAUCAGCUCCCCAAACCUGAACCUGCCAUCAGCUCCCCAAAUCUGAACCUGCCAUCAGCUCCCCAAAUCUGAACCUGCCAUCAGCUCCCCAAACCCGAACCUGCCAUCAGCUCCCCAAAGCUGAACCUGCCAUCAGCUGCCCAAAUCUGAACCUGCCAUCAGCUCCCCAAAUCUGAACCUGCCAUCAGCUCCCCAAAGCUGAACCUGCCAUCAGCUCCCCAAAGCUGAACCUGCCAUCAGCUCCCCAAAUCUGAACCUGCCAUCAGCUCCCCACCCCUGCCAUCAGCUCCCCACCCCUGCAGUAUCUCAGGCCCUGCUCUGUGGCGCUGCUGAGGGCAGUGUCCCUCUGGCUGCCAGCAGGGCUCUGGGCAGGAGGCUCCUCCUCCCUGCAUUCACACACAUUAUAAAGAGCCCUGGUGAGCUGGUGCUGGUGUUUGGGUCUUGCCUCUUCCCCCAGCCAUGUCAUAUAAUAGUCUUUUUAGAACCUGCUGCUCAGGAUCCAGAUUUAUAGCCUGUUUUUAGAAAGGAUAGGCUAUUACAGAACUGAUUAUGCAUUUGCAUAUUCAUCAGCCAUAUAGAGGAGGUAAAGAGCUGGGAAGGGACAGAAGAAAUGAAUGGUCAAUAGAGAAGGCUUCAAGGAGAACACAGAUUAAAAGGUCUAUUUAUUUUUUACGGCAGAAGCUAAAAAAAGGGUUGUGCACAAUUCCCCACCCCCAUCCCUUUUCCCAGCGAUUGCUCAUGGCCCACUGCUUCCUCUUGUGUUUCUCUGCACUGCUCCUCACACACGUGGUUCAUGUCCUCUCACCAGUGCUCUUGCUCCAAUCCACGCACAAAAGUGUGGAAAUUCCCUUCCUCUCCUUCCCAGCUUUUGUAUUCCACGCUUUCUUGCCUCUUUGUCCACAUGUGCCACAUGGUGAACCUAGGUUUGAUGUGGUACAAUUAAAAACUCACAUUCAUGAUAAGCUCUUGGCCUAAUUCUGUGUUUUUCUAUUUGUCAAAACCCAGCAUGCGGUCCUGGGAUUGCUUUUCUGUCUUAACACUUCACUGCCUUGAGUCUGGAGGCCCAAUUACGUAAGUGCUUCUGACUUGUCUGACAUGAGGGAUAAUGAGAAUGCUACAUACUCAGUUUGAUCUAAUUUCCCUGUCCUCUUUUCAAUUCACACUUUAUUUGGCCCGUGUUUAGACAAAGGUGCUUUUGAGAAGAGAAAGGUUUAGUGAGGAGGAGAGAGCCAAAGGUUUUAAUUAUUUGCAGGGAAUCAUGAGCACUUGUAUUUUUUAGACCCGUGGCCCAGGUGGGGAGGAGGUGUUAAUGUGUGCUCAGCUGCUCUGAUGUGUUCUCCUGCUUAGCCCAAGGAUGGAGCCAGCUCAGCUAACAAACCUCAGGGACAAGGAGAAAGGAGCAAGCAGGGAAUGACUUCAUGUGCAGGUGAACUCAGAUUUUUCUAGGAAUAAAUGUUUGGGGGAGUUUUAUUGUGGAAAUAUCAGAAUCUUCUUUUUCCUGGGUUCCAGUGUUUCCCCUCUUCACCCAACUGUUCUCAAUAGUGGAGCUGGCAUAGCUGAAAAUGGACAUAGUUAAUUCUCUUUUAGAGAGCCUAAAAAGGAUGAAGGCAAUGAAGCAAACUUGAGAGACAGAGAACACAUACUCAAAAUCCCAAAACAAAAAUAACUUGUUAAAAAUUCUUGCAAGCUAACAGGCAAGUCUUCAGCUUUGUGCUUAAAUGUAUCUCACCUUUGGAAAAUUGAGGUUAGAGCAAGCCUAGGUAAUAACAUUUUCUGAAGAAAUGUUUCCCUGAAAUCUUUGCACCAGGUAAGAAAACUCUUUUUGAGAAUUAAGUCCAGCUUUAAAAUAGGAUUAUAUCUUUUCACUUUGUGUGGUUAGAGGAAUUUAAUGGAGCAAAGGGAGCAGAAAUGGGGGAUAAUAUGUCAUGUUGAAAAAUAAGAUUAGAAAUGUCUGCUGUUGUGUUCUACUCCACCUUACUUUUUUACUGCAAGUGCUACCUCUGUACAGAUAUAGCAAGAUAGAUUCAAUUCUUUAUUAGUCUUUUUUAGCACUGGAGAAGGAGGAUGUUGCUGCACUCUAGGGAAAUGGGGAAGAUAACCCUGUGACUGUAGAUGAACAUCUAUUCUGGUAAAUCUGUAAAUGAUGCCUAGCAUUAAAUUUAUUUUAAAAUUUCCUGCCUCAUGAAUCUGCCAGAUGCCAGAGUCUCACAGGUCUGCUCUAACUGCAUUAUGGGACAGAGACAUCACUGUCAGUGGGUUUCCUCCUGCUAUUUGGGACCACAAAAAGGAGCAGUUGCUGAAAUCUACUGCAGUGGUUUUAAUUUCCAAGAGCCAAAAGAGGAAAGAGUGUCUUUCAAAUCGCUGGAGAUGACAGAAAGGACCAGGCUGUCUUUUAUCUGGGGAGGGGUAUCUUGACCUUCACUUCAGCUCCCAGAGCUGCUGAUAUCAAACAUCUUUUAUCUCUGUGGGGCUGCUGGCCCUGGUGAAACCUCUGCUGCUUUGACACCACUGUGAGCCAGGGAAAGUCACUCACUGGGCCCAUGGGUGCAAACCACUGAGAAUUCUUGGUGCUGGGGCUACAGGGAAGCUCAAUAAUGCCAAAAAGGAGGAGCUGCAUUCUUUGCUUCCAUGUUAGGCUUCUAAGUGUCUGAAUUUUCCUGCCUCGAGGUCCAUCCCAGUACUGCCAGUCUAGCAGCCCUUUCUUCAUUUGUUAACAGGGAGCACAAAUUUGGGGACUUCUUUUGGGGACUGCAUUUCUUUCUCUGAAUUUCAAAGCUGGAAUGAAACUCUUAAACAGCAUAGGUAUUUUGCCUGAUGUGUUCUCCCCAAACUUUCAGGCUAAUCCAUUUGGGAAACAUGGAAGAUGUUCCCAAGAGACUUCUUAUUGCUUAGCUACUGAAGCACCUGCUAAAACUGAGCUCUUUUAAAAACUGAAAAUUAUUCAAAUGCGAAAAAGAGUGGGUUGAUCUGGAAAAAAACUUCUCAAAAGACUAAAAUUAGCAUGGAAUGUGUUAGAAGAGAAAUACUGGUGGGGGAGGAGGACUAAGGUUUUGUGGUUUGUUUUUUUUUUUAAAUAAAAAUGCUACUGCUUAAGUAAUGAUCAAGGAAAUUCUGGUUAGGAUAUCAGCUGCUGCUCCAACCCAGAGCAGUUCCCGGAUUCAGAAAUAAUUAUGUUUUCCUAAAGAUAGAUCUACAGUACAGACUCCAGGGGUUUUUUUCUGAGUUAGUCUAAAGCAAGGAUCAGCUUGAUGUUUAUAAAUGAAACUAUUGAGUAAAUGCUGCUAAUGAACCAAAUAAAUAG